AUGGCUCUCGAGGAUGUCGGCGUCUUCGUGAAGUGGAUCUUUGACCACCCAGAACGUUCCACGGGUAUCAACCUCGAAAUGGCCACCGAUCAGGUCUCUUUCUCGGACAUCACAUCGGCAUUUACGCGUGUGACAGGUCGCAAGGGAAUCCACCGCAGGAUUUCCUUCGAGGAGUAUCUCCCCAAGAAGGAACCAUAUCCCAAUGCUCCAGCCAAUUGGGCGAAUAUUGAUGGAACACCAGCCACGAUGACCUGGCGGCAGAACUUUACAGCGUGGUGGAAAUUUUGGGGUGGCGGUCUGGGAGCGACCCGGAAUAUGGAGUUGCUGGACGAGAUUUAUCCUGACAGGAUCAAGACAGUAGAGGAAUGGAUGCGGAAAGUCAACUACCAAGGUGGAAAGAGGGGAUCAGUGUUGAAAGACAUAGGCGACUUCGUGGCAAGGCGGCAAGCUGCUGGCUGA